AGCGCCUGUUCAAAUCUGUCGGCGGCAGUCGGCGUGUUGCGUGUGUCGACGCUGGUUGAGGCCGCAUUCGAUGUCCCACGAUGGCAUCGCAUCGCAGCCUUCAACUACUGCUAUGUCUCUUGCUCGUCGCCGCCGCCUGCCAGGCACUCGGGAAGCAGGUGGACCACGACAUCACCUUUGAUGAUGCGGGUGAGGGGAGCGAGGCGGCCGCCACAUCGCGGCGGCGCUCCGCGGUGCAGGACUCCGGCCUGUCGGGCUUCGCGAGUUCCAUUCUGCGGCGAGUGCGCAGGGCGUGGUUCUUCGGAGGCAGGGACGAGGAUGCGAGCACCGUGCCUCCCACCGAGGCGCCGGAAGUGACCUCAACGCAGUCCUCGCCGGCUCAGUACACGACGCGGCGCUACUCUCGAAACUCGGACGAUGAUGGUUUUGAGGCCUCGGGUGACGGCGUCGAGGACGACGAAGAUGUUGAAGACGUUUCGUCGACUGCACACAGCGGCGCCGGAUACCCGUCGUUCGAUGUCGACAGCAAGAUCAUCGGCAGCCCGCACGUUCCCGACGGCUCCGGCAGGCCCACCAAGACGACGCACGAUGAGCAACCACCCACCGGAUCCUCGGCGAUGUUCCGGAGCUCCUUGCGCAUCCUGAACCAGCCGUUCGACGCGAACUUGGUGCGCACGGACAGCGAGGCCUUCAAGCAGCUCAGCGCGGAAUGGCAGCUUUCGCUCGGCCGCGCCCUGGCGCGUUACCUGCUGCCCCCGCACAACGUGGCCUCCGUCGAUGUCCUCCGGUUCGCGCCGGCCCCCGAGACCGGUGCGCUGACCGUCACGUGCGACGUCAAGCUUCCUCGCGCCGAUCCCCGGGCCUUGCAGCGCGCCAUCCGCUCCGUCCUCGACAGCGGUCGCAUCGGCCGGUUUCAGGUCUCCGGUUCGGAGUCCACGUUCACUCAGCUUGGCGUGCCCACACCUCAUCCCGGUGGCAUUCAUUGUGGAGCUCACCAGUUUGCCUGCGAUAACAACCGGCGGUGCGUCGAAACGUCGCGUAGGUGUGAUGGCCAUCGCGACUGCAAUGACGGCUAUGAUGAAGAAAACUGUGUGGAACAGGGUCCUGAGGGUCCUUCACAUCAUGGAUUUGAGUGCAAGCCUGAUCAAUUCACUUGUGAUGGCCGUAGGUGUCUAGAAAAAUUCCAGAAAUGUGAUGGUCAUCGUGACUGUGUUGAUGAAACUGAUGAACAGGACUGCCCCCCUAGAGCAGUACCUCCUCACCACACUGAUGGAUUCCAGUGCAGUCCUGACCAGUUCGUUUGUGAUGGCCGUCGAUGUGUGCACUCUGCGGGCAAGUGUGAUGGUCGUCCUGAUUGUGCUGAUGGCACUGAUGAACAGGAUUGCCCAUCAAGAGAAGUUACAAUUCAUCAUGAAGGAGUUCAUUGUGGACCCAAUCAAUUUGUUUGUGAUGGCCGUCGUUGUGUUGAUGCAUCUAGCAAAUGCAAUGGUCACCCUGAUUGUGCUGAUGGCACCGAUGAACAUGAUUGCCCUUCAAAAGAAGUUACUACUCAUCAUGAAGGAUCUCAUUGUGGACCCAACCAGUUUGCUUGUGAUGGUCUUCGCUGUGUUGACUUGUCUGGAAAAUGUGAUGGUCGCCCUGAUUGUGCUGAUGGCACUGAUGAACGUGAUUGCCCAUCAAGAGAAGUUCCAACUCAUCAUGAAGGAGCUCAUUGUGGACCAAAUCAGUUUGUUUGUGACAGUCGUCGGUGCGUUGAUGCAUCUGGAAAAUGCGAUGGCCACCCUGAUUGUGCUGAUGGCACUGAUGAACGUGAUUGCCCAUCAAGAGAAGUCCCAACCCAUCAUGAAGGAGCUCAUUGUGGACCGCAUCAGUUCGUUUGUGACAGUCGUCGGUGCGUUGAUGCAUCUGGAAAAUGUGAUGGUCACCCUGAUUGUGCUGACGGCACUGAUGAACAUGAUUGUCCAUCAAAAGAAGUUCCAACUCAACAUGAAGGAUCUCAUUGUGGACCCAAUCAGUUUGUUUGUGACGGUCGUCGUUGUGUUGAUGCAUCUGGAAAAUGCGAUGGUCAUCCUGAUUGUGCUGAUGGCACUGAUGAGCACGACUGUCCAUCAAGCGAAGUUUCUCCUCCUCAUGGUGAAGGUGUUCAGUGUGAACACAAUCAGUUCAUUUGUGAUGGUCGACGGUGUGUUGAUGUAUCAAAGAGGUGCGACGGCCACCCUGAUUGUGCUGAUGGAGCUGAUGAAAAUGACUGCCCAUUGACUGAAGUGCAUCCACUUCAUGAAGAUGGAUUUCAAUGUGGACCACAUCAGUUUGUUUGUGAUCACCGCCGCUGUGUUGAUCUGUCUCGAAAGUGUGACAGUCGCCCAGACUGCCUUGAUGGAACCGAUGAACAUGAUUGCCCAUCGAUUGAAGCUUUCCCUCACCAUUCUGAAGAGAUUCUUUGUGGACUCAAUCAGUUCAUUUGCGAUGGUCGCCGAUGUGUUGACACAUCAAGAAGAUGUGAUGGUCACCUUGACUGUGCUGAUGGAACUGAUGAACUUGGCUGCCCACGUAAAGUUCCUACCCACGCCCCUGGAUUUCAGUGCCGACCCGAUCAGUUUGUUUGUGAUGGUCGUAGAUGUGUGGACUCAUCUGGAAGAUGUGAUGGCAAGCCUAAUUGCGCUGAUGGAACUGAUGAACAUGACUGCCCACCAAGAGAAGUUCAUUCUCUUUGUGGUCCCAAUCACUUCGUUUGCGACGGCAGGCGCUGUGUUCCUUUGUCUGGAAAGUGUAAUGGCCAUCGCGAUUGUGCUGAUGGCAGUGAUGAACAAGGCUGUGCAAAAGAGGAAAGCGAUGGAGGCAAGGAAGGAUUCCAGUGUGGCCACCACCAGUUUGUCUGUGAUGGUCGCAGAUGUGUUGAUCAUUCUGGAAAGUGUGAUGGCCGUCCUGACUGUGCUGAUGGAUCUGAUGAAAGGAACUGCCCAGGUGUGCCAGGUGGAGACAAAGUCAUGAAUGCCUCUAGGAGCCUGUGCAAUUCAACAGAGUUUCGUUGUCGUGAUGGCACUUGCAUUCCUCUGUCACACGUUUGUGAUGAAGAGGUAGAUUGUAAAGACGGCUCCGAUGAGCUUUGUGAUAUUACUCGUGACUGUGAACCCAAUCAACUCAAGUGUGACGGAGGAAGAAAGUGUGUUGACUCCUCAAGAAAAUGUGAUGGUCACUAUGAUUGUGCUGAUCGCACUGAUGAAGAAGGUUGCACACCUCAUCCUGGAGGGCAACCGUUGCCAGCUGUGGAUGACUGUGCUGUGGACAAGUUUCGCUGCAGUAAUGGCAAGUGCAUUGCUCGGGCAUUGGUUUGCAAUGCAAGGCGAGAUUGCACAGACAGCUCUGAUGAGAGGAACUGCCCAUGCCGGCAGGGGCAAUUUAGGUGUCACAAUGGCAUUUGCAUCAAGAUGGAAAGGCGCUGCGAUGGCUACCAUGACUGCCAGGAUAGGAGCGAUGAACUUGAUUGUCCUGGUGUCUGCAGGCCUAGUGAAUUCCGGUGCCAUAAUGGCACAUGCGUCCCAGAACGUGCUCGUUGUGAUGGGCGAAGAGACUGUCCAGAUGGAUCAGAUGAAAGCCAGUGUGCUCCAAGUUGCAGGGCAGAUCAAAUACGAUGCCAUGGUGGCGGCUGUCUAAGCAUCUCCCGAAGAUGUGAUGGAGUUUCAGAUUGCCCCAAAGGAGAAGAUGAGCUGUCAUGUGGCAAUGGGCAUGCGUGUCGGCCUCAUGAGCACAAGUGCUUGUCUGGACACUGCAUUGAUUCUCGCCAUAAGUGCAACGGAGUGAAGGACUGCCCUGAUGGUGAUGAUGAACAUAAUUGCAUCAAUGACUCUAAACCAUGUAGGGAAAAUGAAUUUCAAUGCCAAGAUGGGACAUGUUUGCCAGAUUAUUUACGUUGCAAUGGCCAUUCGGACUGUAGGGAUUCGUCAGAUGAAGCAGACUGUCAGUGCAAAGACGGUGAAUUUCAAUGUGGCAGCGGGAAGUGCAUUGAUAUACGGAAGAAGUGCGACAGGCGUGUCGACUGUGAGGAUUUUUCAGAUGAAGCCAACUGCGAGUGCCAAGACGGUGAAUUUAGCUGUGGUGAUGGUAAAUGCAUUGAAGGCCGAAGACGAUGUGAUGGCACUGCUGACUGCAGAGACUACUCAGAUGAAACCAGUUGUGCCUGCAAGGACAACGAGUUUCGCUGUGGAGACGGAAGCUGCAUUGAUGUCCGCAGGAAAUGUGAUGGAACUGCUGACUGCCGAGACUACUCCGAUGAAAGGAACUGCAGCUGCAAGGCCAAUGAAUUCAGGUGUGGUGAUGGAGCCUGCAUUGACAAGUCCAGACAGUGUGACCGCACCCCUGAUUGUAGGGACCACUCGGAUGAGUACAACUGUCCCAUUCCAGGUUGCUCUGCCUUGCAGUUCAGGUGUGGUGAUGGGCGAUGCAUUGACAUUAGCAGAAAGUGCGAUGGGAGAGUAGACUGCCCUGACUUCUCUGACGAAGCUAACUGUGUGUCUGAUGCUUGUCGGUCUGAUGAGUUCAAGUGCAAAUCUGGCGAAUGCAUAAGGCUCUCUGGAAAGUGCAACCAUCGAAGGGAUUGUGCUGACGGAAGUGAUGAAGAAAAUUGCUGCACAGCUGAUGAAUUCCAGUGCAGGACUGGAGAAUGCAUUGCGAAAAGCCACAGGUGUGAUGGCCAGUACAAGUGCAGGGAUGGGUCGGAUGAACUAGAGUGUAGGACAUGCCAGCCUGGACAGUAUGUAUGCGCUAAUGCUCACUGCAUUGAACGAUCUCAGCGCUGUGAUGGUCGUUUUGACUGCUCUGACUUUUCUGAUGAAGCAGACUGUGCUCCUGAUGCUGGCGUGAACAUCAAGGUCUACCCAGAACGGCAGACAAUUAGACAAGGCCAAGAGGUUGUAUUCCGCUGCCGAGAUGAGGGCACCAGGCGGUCCCAGGUGAAGUGGACCCGGUCAGAUGACAGCCCCUUGCCUCCACAAUCAACUGAUGCCCGUGGCAGGCUGACCAUGCCCAACGUGCAGCCUGACCAUGGGGGCGUCUACCUCUGCAAGGCUGUGGGUGUUCCAGCUUCCACGUCGGGGGCUCAGAAGGCUGCUUUCCUCACCGUGCAGCCAUACACUCCACCAACACUGAAACCGGAUCGACCGCUAGGAGCUUGCAAACAUGAUGAAGCUACCUGUCAAAAUGGAAAGUGCGUCCCGCGGAAGUACGUCUGUGAUGGGGACUAUGACUGUGAUGAUGGCUCUGAUGAAAACAACUGUGCUCAACCCUCCCUCUGUGAGCCCAACGAAAUGCAAUGUGACAACAAGAAAUGCAUCCUGAAGGUUUAUCUGUGUGAUGGGGAUGAUGAUUGUGGUGAUGGCACAGAUGAGAGAAGCUGUCGUGGCAACAUUCCAGGAUCUCCAUGCCGAAUGGGAGAGUAUCAAUGUCUGUCUGGAGACCAGUGCAUCCCGAAGAGUUUCCACUGUGAUGGAGAGUUUGACUGCCAGGACAAAUCUGAUGAAAUUGGAUGCUCACCGCCAACCAUCACACAAUCACCCCCAGAAGUUGUUAAUGCCAUGGAAGGGGAGACAGUCAACAUCACGUGCCGGGCAAUAGGCAACCCAGUGCCACUUAUUAACUGGCGCCUAAACUGGGGUCACAUUCCCCCAAGGCCACGAGUAACAACAACAAGUGACGGUGGCUUUGGCACAGUCACCAUCCGUGAUGUACGCCAGUCAGACCAGGGAGCAUGGUCAUGUGAAGCCAUCAAUAGCAAGCAGAGUGUCCUGGCCACUCCGGAUGCAAUUCUUGUGGUUAAAAGCAAAGGUGUCUGCCAUCCACCACUGUUCAAUGACAAGGCCCAGUCAAGCUCAGAGUGUCUGCGUUGCUUCUGCUUUGGUGUUUCUCAGACUUGCCAUAGCAGCAGCUUGAACAAGAUAACUAUUCCUCUAGCCAAUGAGGUGUCCGUUGCCACUAUGAGCAUUCUUCCCGAUGGAAGCUACAUGGAUGUCACAGAAAAGUUUAGGCCUAACCAGAAUGCAGUGCAUUCUAACCCUGCAAAUCGAGAGUUUAAGAUAGACAGCCAAGUAAAAACGUCGGAGGCACCUGUUCACUAUUACUGGAGCCUGCCUGCAGAAUUUCUCGGAAAUCAGAUCAACAGCUAUGGAGGUCAGCUGAAGUACACCUUUAGGUACCAAGCAUCGUCAAGACCUGUACAAGCUGCAGACAUUAUCAUCAGAGGAAAUGGGAUCACAUUGUAUCACACCCUGAGGCAGUCAUAUGGUCCCCUGAGAGACAAUACUAUUGAAGUACAAUUUCUGGAGGGCGAAUGGCACAAGGAUGCCCGACACAGUGCCAUCGGUAGCCCUGACACAGCCACCAGGGAAGACAUCAUGCUUGUGCUACAAAAUGUGGAAGGCAUUUUUAUUCGAGCCAGCUUUGACAGUGAACUGGCAGAGUCAAGUGUUCAUGGCCUCGAGAUGGACUCAGCUUCUUAUUCAAGUCCCAAGAACCCUCCUGCUUCUUUUGUGGAGCAGUGCUCUUGUCCAACAGGUUACACAGGAAAUUCUUGUGAGAACUGUGGUCCUGGCUACAUCCGACGGCGAUCCGGACCCUACCUUGGCGAGUGCGUUCAAGGCGUGCUCCCUUGCAAUUGCAACGCCCACUCGAAUUCCUGUGACCAACAGACUGGCCGCUGUCUGAAUUGUCAGCACAAUACGGAUGGUCCAAGCUGUGAAACCUGCAAACGAGGUUUUUAUGGUGAUGCAAGGCGAGGUACGCCAAGUGAUUGCCAGCCUUGUCCAUGCCCGAUGGUUGAUGUACCUGGACAGUUUUCACCAACCUGUGUGUUGGAGGCUGAUGGCCAAGUGACCUGCAACUCGUGUCCAAUUGGUUUUGAAGGCAGGCGUUGUGAACGCUGUGCUCCAGGAUAUGAGCGAUACCCACCUGGCUCUGUUGAUGGAUCUUGUCACUUAAAAGAAUGUGAACCUGGCCAGUUCCAGUGCGGUGAUGGGUCAUGCAUAGAUUUCAGGAGAAGGUGUGAUGGUCAUUAUGACUGUAAUGAUUACACUGAUGAACAGAACUGUGCAUGUGGUUAUAACCAAUUCAGAUGUCCUGAUGGAACUUGCCUCAGUGUUCGCAAAAGGUGUGACGGCAAGGCAGACUGCAUAGACAUGUCUGAUGAGAGCAAUUGUGGUGCACCACAGUGCGAUGCAGCUGGCAGCUUGAGUCCACAGCGAAGCCCAUCAACUGGCCUGUGUCAGUGCAAGCCCCUUGUUACAGGAGCCUCAUGUGACCAAUGCAAGGCAAACUCCUUCCACCUUCACCCAAGUUCUCCUCUUGGAUGUGUGGAAUGUUUCUGCAUGGGCAUCACGAAGUCCUGUUCCAGUAGCUUCUACCACAGAGAGCAGGAGGUGUUGAGGUUCUCGACUAGCACUGAGGGUGUCCAUCUGACAACUUUAGACAGAGCUGCCACAAUUGACCGGGGACUGAAACUGGAUCCCAGGAGCAAGGAGCUGGUUUAUCAGGACUUCACAUCACACCCUCGUCAGUCCUACUACUGGCAACUUCCCCAGAGAUUCUUGGGUGACAAGGUUACAUCUUAUGGAGGAUUUUUAAACUACACAAUAAGGAGUGGUGGUACUGACAGACAAAGCAGAAGUCCCGAUGUCCAGAUCACGGGAAACAAGAUAAUACUCAUCUACAGGCACCCUGAAAGGCUAAAACUCAAAUUUCCACAAACAGUGUCCAUUCCAAUGUAUGAGACCUCAUGGAUCAGAGCUGAUGGCUUACCUGCAACCAGAGAGCAUUUCCUAAUGGUGCUUGCUGACUUGAGCUCCAUACUUGUAAAAGCAACACUCAGUGAAGAGACAGACACUGCCAGCCUUGUGGAGGCAUCGCUUGACAUAGCCGUGGAGUAUCCCACUGGCCAGGCUCUGGCUCAUGCUGUGGAGCACUGUCGCUGCCCCAUUGGCUACAAGGGACUUUCGUGUGAGGAUUGCGAUGCUGGCUACACACGCUCGGGUGCCGGCCUCUACUUGGGAUUAUGUGUGCCCUGCUUCUGCAAUGGUCAUUCCAGUGACUGUGACCCAGAGACUGGAGCCUGUAGUAACUGCCAACACAACACGCAGGGUGAAUAUUGUGAAGAAUGCCUACCUGGUUUUAUUGGUGACGCUACUGGAGGCACCCCAAGUGAUUGUGAGGCUGUCCUGGUGCCGUCUUGUAGAUGUGACAACAGAGGUAGUACAAGGCAAGAGUGUGAUGCCAGGGACAACUGCCCUUGCAAGAGCAAUGUACAAGGAAAGAACUGCAAUCGGUGCAAAGAAGGAUAUUUUAACUUGGAAGCAUCUAACCAGGAAGGCUGCUCUCGUUGCUUCUGUUUCGGGGUCACUGAACAGUGCAGCAGCAGCUCUUACUAUAGGAGCGAGGUCAAGAUGCUCUUGCAAGAUUUGAGGGACCCAUAUGCCCACAAUUUCCAGCUGUCUAACCGGUACCAUUCUAACAUUGUCACAGAGACUAUCAUUGUUAACCCAUCAAACAAUGAAGUCAGUUACUCAGCAUUCCCACGUGAUCCUGCUGAAAAGGAAACCCUGUUUUGGUCACUUCCAGCACAGUUCUUGGGCAACAAGCUUACAUCUUAUGGAGGAUUGCUUCGCUACACCCAACGAUUCACAGCAGAAAGUGAUGGAGAAACCUACAGUGAUGCUGACGUUCAAAUCACUGGAAACGGUGUCACCAUAUUCUACGUAAACAUUCCUCCACUCCCACCCUCUGAGACAAGAACGUUUGAAGUAACAUUAAGAGAGGAUAAGUGGCAGCGAGUGGACUCUCGUGGCCCCACAGUAGCCACCCGAGAGGACAUAAUGAAGGUGCUGGCCAAUGUGGAAGUCCUGCUGAUCCGGGCAUCCUUCAACUCGCGCAUGCACAGCUCCAGCCUGAGUGAUGUCUCCCUCUCAACAGCCGUUCCUCUGCGAUCCAGUGGCCAUGCUGUGGCCAUUGAGGUGGAACAGUGCAUCUGUCCUCCUGGAUACAAUGGUCUCUCCUGUGAGGAAUGUGCACCAGGCUACAUCAGGGACGUCAGUGGCCCUGGCCUUGGAAGGUGCACACGGUGCCGCUGCAAUGGCCAUUCAGAGUCUUGUGAUGCUGCAACUGGAAACUGCGUUAGGUGUAGGCACAACACUGUCGGAGAUUACUGCCAGAGGUGUGCUGAUGGAUUUUAUGGUGAUGCAACUAGGGGCACACCUGAGGACUGUAAGCCAUGCCCAUGCCCACACACAAUGCCAUCUAACCAGUUUUCUCCAACUUGCUUUUUGGACACUGACAACAAGCCAACUUGCAAUGCCUGCCCACCUGGCUACACGGGACGGAACUGUGAACAAUGCUCACCUGGCUACAGUGGCAACCCUCUUCAGCUGGGAGGUCGCUGUGAACCUUCGGGAGGUGGUGGUGGACAGUCUAUGAGAGUUCAGGUAGAACAACCUCGAAUUCAAAGAGUUCCAGUAGGGUCGACUGUGACAAUACGCUGCACGGGAUAUUCACAGUCAAAGGCACCUUUCUCUUUGGUGUGGACCAAAGAAUCUGGUAGCUUGCCUCUAAGAGCCACAGAAGCAAGUGGAAUAUUGACGGUGCCUGAUGUUCGUGUUGAAGACAAUGGAACAUAUGUGUGCACCGGUUCAGAUGUCUCAAGUGUUGCCCAAGACAAGGCCGUUCUUCUUGUUGAUGGGCUUGACCAGAAAUCAGCCCCACGAGCACGAAUUGAGCCACAUUUCCAAGAGGUUAACGUUGGUCAGCCAGUUGAGUUCCGUUGCCUAGCUGAUGGCUUCCCCGAGCCAACUGUUAAAUGGUCAGGAGGCCGCAAUGGUAUGGUCAACCCAGAGUCUACAUUUAUUGAUGGAGUCUUCCGGAUACCUGCUGCUCGGAAGUCUGAUGAAGCAGAGUACUUUUGUACUGCAAGCAAUGCCAUGGGAACAGAUAACAUUAGGACAGUGCUGUUUGUGAAAGGAGAUGACUCAGGUGCUGGAGAGGGCCCCCACCUUACCAUCCACCCUACAAGUCUUGAGGCCAGAAAAGGAGAGACGGUACGCUUUGACUGCCGAGCUUCUGGACGGCCUACACCAAACAUCACAUGGUCAUAUUCUGGUGGCCCGAUGCCAGACAAUGCAAACCAGGUGGGAGGUGUGCUGACUUUGCUAAAUGUUGACGAACAGAACCAAGGAAACUACAUGUGCAUUGCCAGCAAUCGUUAUGGAACAGCACAAGGCCUGGCACCUUUGCAGCUAACAACAAGAAGGAACAUCCCUUCAGUACACAUUGAACCAGAGAGACAGACUGUGCGUCAAGGAGAGGAUGCAAAGUUGCGUUGCAUUGCAACAGGAACACCUACACCAGUAAUCAAGUUUGCAAAAGUUGGAAGCAACUUCACUCAUAGGCACAUUGUGCAAGAUGACACACUGACAAUCGAGCAAACAAUUGUCCAGGAUCGUGGCCACUACAUCUGCUUGGCAGAAAACAGAGAAGGCAUAGCUCGGGCCACUGCUGUGCUGGAAGUGGACCGGAGGGAGGUUCCACUUGUGGAGAUCUACCCCAAGAACAUACCACCACUUCACCAUGGAGACACUGCAUUUCUGCAGUGCAGACCUAUAGCUGGGAUACCAACACCAACGGUGGAAUGGACACGUGCUGACGGCAGUCCUUUCACCCCCAGCACUGAACUCACCGGCCCUGGGAUCAUUCGAUUUACUAGAUUCUCAAAGGAUGAAGAAGGAACAUAUGUUUGUUCUGCUGAGAAUGCAAUGGGCAAGGUGACUGCACAAACAACACUAAAGAUGCAAGGGACACCCUUUGUGCGCAUCCUUCAGCAGAACCCUUACGCUGUGAGGGUUGGCGACCAGAUCCGGUUGGACUGCAUUGCUGAGGGUGAUCCAAAGCCUGCAGUAACUUGGGAGCGCAUUGGCCAGCCCAUUACCACUUACUCCAAUGUUGAUGAGCUUCAGGGCGGCACCACCACUCUGUUCAUUCGCCGCGUGGCACCUUCGGACAGCGGCAUCUAUGUCUGCAAGGCUACAAACCACGGAGGGGCAUCUGAAGAGAGGAUUGAAGUUUCUGUUGAAGGAAACCGCCAUCCACAUUCCAUUCCAAGGCUGGUUGCAGAUGAUAGAGUUGUCACAGCUUCACUUGGAAAAAGAGCAGAACUUCGCUGCCACAUUGAAGGAACAUCUCGUCCUAUUCAAAUUGUUUGGUCCAAAGUCCUGCCGGAUGGCAAUUUGGCAGAACUCCCUUCAGACAAUGGUAUUGUGCACUUUGAAAGAGUGCAGGCAAGCGAUGCAGGUGUCUAUGCCUGCCAAGGCAAAGAAGAUGGUUCUGCCAUACUGGACACUCGUGUUACGCUCGCUCUCGUUGCUCCGCCUCGGAUCCAGCUGAACCCAACCCAGCAGACAGUACGUCCAGGACACCACGUGCGCAUCCAGUGCUCAGCCAUUGGGGAGCCACCCAUCACAUACCAUUGGUCACGACAGGGUGGGCAGCUGCCUCCAAGCACUAUCCAGAGAGAUGGCAUCCUCGAGUUCCGUGGAAUCUCAGUCACAGACGCUGGUCGCUAUAUCUGUACAGCAGCCAAUGCAGCAGGAGAAGCUGAAGGGGUUGCUGAUGUUAGGGUCACAGAGGGUGUUGAAAUCGGAUCACUGCGAAAAGAAGAGACAGCAUUUGUGGGCUCGAACAUUGAACUGCGCUGUCCACUGACAGGCUCCCCUGAAAGGAUUGAGUGGACAAAGGACACCCAUGCCUUGCCACCAAAUGCUAGAGAAGUGAACGGAGAACUCUGGAUUAAAGAUGUGCAACAAAGCAAUGAAGGAAGAUACAUCUGCAAUGCUAUGACAGGGGACAGGUUGAUAUCCAGAGACUUUGUCAUCCUUCAUGUCAGAGAUGUUCCCAGCGUCUCAGUGAGGAUUCGGGCAAACAAGGAGGUUGUUCACAUGGGUGAUAGCCUGGACCUUCACUGUGUUGUGACAGGAGAUGGUGCCGCUUCUGUUAAGUGGACGAAGCUCGCAGCUGAUGAUCGUUUUGCUGAAAAUGUGCGAGUGCAUGGUGCUUUCCUCUCGGUGAAUGGCGUUCGCCCUGAAAAUGGUGGUGUCUACCGCUGCUCUAUUGACAGCCCUGCGGGUACACUCAAUGAUGACUACGUCCUUGCCAUUGAAGAAACUCCAACUGUGCCACCCAAUGAAGUGGAGACCCGUACUAUUCCUUAUGGAUCCACUGUUGUUUUGGACUGCCGGCACAACUUGGAGCCUCCUGUUGCCUACAGCUGGACACGUGACAAUGGCGAUGUUCCCCACAAAGCUUUGCCUCGUGACAGCACCUUGGUGGUGCCAGAUGUUCGUGCCAGCGAUGCAGGCACCUACAUCUGCACAGCUAAGAAUGAACGCACCACACUGGAAGUUCCAACCAUUCUUGUUGUUACUGGUCUGCUUCCACGGUUCACCCAGGCUCCCCUUUCUUACAUGAAGUUGCCAACCAUUGUGAAUGCCUACAUGGGCUUUGAAGUCCAGAUAACAUUCAAACCUGAAAAGGAUCACGGACUACUUCUGUAUAAUGGCCAACAAGAGGAUGGCAGUGGAGACUUCAUAUCUGUAGGUCUGACCAAUGGCUAUGUGGAGUUCCGCUUUGAGCUAGGCUCAGGAGUUGGAUAUCUGAGAAGCCACCAGCCAGUGCAGAUGGACACCUGGCACACUGUUCAGAUUAGCAGAGAGAAGAAAGACGCCAAACUUAAUGUUGACGAUCAGUCAGAAGUUACCGGAACAUCUCAGGGACGAAUGAUGGGGCUAGACUUGACUCAGCCUCUGUUCGUGGGGAGCGUGCCGAGCUUCGACAAAAUCUCACGUGAUAAUGGCUACAAUAUCGGCUUUGUAGGCUGUGUGAGUGAAAUCAAGUUUGGCAGCCGCACCUUGGACUUGGUGAAGGACUCUGAGCAAGUGGGCACUACACCAUGUGAGACAUGCUCCCUGAACCCAUGCCUACAUGACGGUGUCUGCCAAGAGGCACCCACAGAGGCUGGCUAUCGCUGCAUCUGCCCACCAGGAUUUUCGGGGCGGGACUGUGAGAAGGUUGGCGAGGCCUGCUACCCUGGAAUCUGUGGCGAAGGUCGAUGCGUCAAUCGACCAACGGGAGGGUUGGACUGCUACUGCCCCUUUGGACGAACAGGCCUUCGUUGUGAAAAAGAGGUCUCCAUAGUGGAGCCUGCAUUUGCUGAUGAUGCCUUCGUGGCAUAUCCAACACCCAAGAGCUCCCAAAGCAGUCUGAAGGUGAAGAUGAAGAUCAAGCCGAAUAACCUGGAUGACUGCCUACUGGUCUACUGUGCUCAGUACUCUGACCAGAAAGGAGACUUUACUUCCAUUGGAAUCCACAAUGGAAGUGUGGAAUUUCGUUUUGACACGGGUUCAGGGCCAGCGAUAAUCAGGCAUCCUGAAAGGCUUCGUGCGAAUGAGUGGAUCACCCUGUCUGCAUCGAGGCAUGCUCAGAAUGGGGAACUGGUGGUAAACGAUGGCCACAGGGAAGUGGGGCGUUCACCCGGCUCCACUCAGGGAGUGAAUCUCAAGACCCCCAUGUAUGUUGGUGGUGUGGACAAGACCAAAGUCAAGGUUCACCCGGAUGCUGGCGUGUCGCAUGGCUUUGAGGGCUGUGUUGCACAUAUUGAAGUGAAUGACGUCAGUGUAGACCUGGUUGGUGCAGUGGUUGACGCAGCUAAUGUGGAUGACUGUGGUGGCAGGGCCCCUUGUGAGAAGAAUCCUUGCCAGAACCAUGGCAUAUGCAGGGAACGAGGCCCCAAAGCAGAUGACUUUGAGUGCUUCUGCAAAGCAGGCUACAGUGGUAGGACUUGUGAGAACCAGGAUGACUUCUGUCUGAAAAUUAACCCGUGCCACAACAAUGCAGAGUGUGUUGGACUGGCCAACUCGUACAGGUGCAAUUGUCCAAAGGGCUAUAAGGGCCCCAACUGUGAAACAGAAACCACCUUCGAUGAGUGUGCAAGCUUCCAUGGAGAUGGCUGGGUUGCACUGAGCAGGGACAGACUGGCGCACACUGCAAGCAAUGUGUCCGAAGUAAUCAGGCUCAGCUUCUUGGCAAAGGACCGUAAUGGAAUCCUGCUGUUUCAAGGCCAGCCACGUGGUAUUGACGCAAAGGGCCAAGACUACCUUUCAUUGGCACUUGUCAAUGGCUACCUUGAAUUCAGCUAUGAAAUGGGAAGUGGUCCUGCUGAGAUUGUGUCGGGAGAAAGAGUUGAUGAUGGACAGUUGCAUGCAGUGGAGCUCAGAAGAACUGGAAAAUGGGGCACAUUGAAGAUUGAUAAUAAAGAAGUGCACGGUGAAUCUUUAGGUCUCCUUGUGAUGCUGAACACAAAGAGCGACAUCUUUAUCGGAGGUGCCCCUGAACCAAGAGAAAUGACUGCAGAACGUUAUCACAAGGGCUUCACUGGCUCCAUACUAAAUGUGCAGAUCCAGGACUCUGGUGUCCUUAACUUGUAUGAUGAUUCAAUCAACUCAGCAAAUGCUGACCAAUGUGAAGAGCAUGUGGGAAGUGGAGACUAUUUCAUGCACUUUGGGACAAGCAACAAGUGACCUUCUGCAAAGCAGCUGUUUUCCCAGGCUUUCCAUUAGCUGCAUUUCUUUUCUCAGUCAUGGCACUAGAGCAAAACUGCUUUAUUCAGUCAAGGGAAAAAAAGCCUGUCUUUCCCGACUUAGAAACUAGGCAUCAUUUAGUGGUGUUUUGUUUUUCUUUUUGUUUGCUUAAUAGUUGCACAUGUGUUUUUCUUCUUGCAAAGAAGCCAUUUUUGCAAAGGCAGUCUAUUUUCUUAUCAUGUCAUUCACUCUAGUCUCCUGUAUUUAGUUGUGCCACUUUAUUUUGAAGCAAGCAACAGUGUACACGUGAUCAUCCUUUUGUCUUUGAGUGGAUGAUAGCGUGCUUCAAGAUCCUGCCACAAAGAAGGUUGUUUCUUACUCUCCAUUCUGAGAAAAGCCUUGGAAUUUGUGCGUCGUCUAUGCAUUUCAGUGUUAUCUCACAAAACAAACAUAGAGUGCAUUUAGUUCGCUCAUCACAGAAUCACUGCACCUUCAUUUUGUGUCACAAAACCUUCAUUUUCUUUGCCUAUUGAACUGUGAGAUAGGAACACACAGCCAGUGUAUCAACGUUCUCGGUUAGUGGCCAUGCAACUCCCUGUCUUUGCAUAAACUGGCAUGUGUGCAUAAGGGAAUUUGCAGCCAUGUCUCAAACUGCUUUAAGCGGCAUGGUGUGACCACAAUUUGCUUCUGUGCAUAGCAGUUGUGCCAAAUUUUUUGUUUGUGUGAAGACACUCUGAAACCAGCAAAAAUUUUUUGCAGCCUCAUCGUUAACAUUUAUUUGCUUCAUUUGUCUACUUACAAAAAAGAAAGAAAAACAAUUGUAGCUUUGUGUACUACUUCGAUCCCAGAUCGGUGCAGGUUUGUCCCAGUUCAGGGCAAGUGCUAAGAUGGGUACUUAGAAGAGGAGAAUGUAUAAAAUGGCUUAUUUAUAAUGGCAUACUUUUCUACUUUUUUUAUGCGAGUCUGCAAUGUGUAGUAAGCAUGGCUAUAAUGCGAUCAAUCAAAGGCAGCAGUUCUCCUGUUUUGGUUCAUGAUACAUGACUUAAGUCUAAGCUAAUUUCACCACGAAAUUGUAUCAUUCAGCUGCAGUCAAGUUUUUCGUUGUCUAUAAAGGUCAGUCUUUUGAAUGGUUGUCGUUUGUCUGUUUUAGUUUUUUCAGCAUGGGAUUAAGUAUUCUUAUAUAACAUUAAGUUUAUUCAGGUAAUAUCUUACGAUGAGUGUGUACAUAUUUAGAGCAUUGACUGCAGCUUUGGUGGUGUCACUGCCAUUUACAACUUUCAAAUUUUGUUAGUUUUUUUUUUCUUUUUCAAUGUGCUAUGCUGCUUAUUUGUAGAUGUUGACAGCAGGUGCACUUACUUGGUUGCGCAUAGUUUCACUGCUGCUACGGCCUCCAAACUUGCAAUAAAGCUGAUGUUUGUUAAUGUU